UUCAAAUUUCAAAUCUCAGUUGUCAAAUGAAUAGUGAGAAGGUUGGACGUUCGGUCUGUUUUGAAAUAUCGCGUAAAUAAUAUUAUUAACGAAUAAAUUAAUCAAAUAAAAAAUGCCAGUUGAAUUAGAGUAUGACUACGAUGCCGCAGUUGCUUCUCUGGAUAUAUUUUCACAAGCGGAUUUCGAUCAUAUAAAAGAUUGGACACAAAAAUUAGACAAAUCAAAAUAUGUGCCAAAGGAUCUUACAGAUAAACAAUUGCUUUUAUUUUAUAACGCUUGUUACGGGGAUAUUGAGAAGAUAAAGACUUGCAUAGAAAAAUACUACAAUAUCAGAAAAAAUACUCCGGAAAUAUUUGACAACAGAAUUAUAAAUUCCGACGAACUAAAGCCGUCUGUAGAGGCAUUAGAGUUCGCCGUGCUGCCAGAGAAAUCAUGUGAUGGUUACGACCUGAUAUACCACCGAUUGCACUACACCGAGCCUUCCAAGUAUCACUUUGAACCUGGCUGUAAGCUUCUCUUCAUGACAGUUGAUUCGUGUUUAAGUAAGCGUGGUCCACAGCCAGGACACAUCUUCGUCUUCGACAUGCGAGGUGUCAGGUUGGGACAUCUUACGCGAGUUAGCUUAUCCUUUCAAAAGGAUAGACAAAGUUCCCUUCGGAAAUUCUUCCAGUACGUCCAAGAGGCGAUGCCGGUGCGCAUGCGCGCGAUACACGUGUUUAACACAGAGCCGAUCAUUGACAAGCUCUUGCUCCUCAUAAGACCUUUUAUGGAUAAGAAGUUCUUUGACAUGAUAAAAUUCCACCACAAAAACGUGGACCUUGAGAAGUUUUACGGUACAGUUAUACCGAGAUCCGCCCUACCACCGGACUAUGGAGGUACCUUACCAGACACUCAGACAUUGCACAAGAAAUGUAUGCAAAAUUUGAAAUCCCUAGAACCGUACUUCAAAGCUGAAGAGGAACAGAGAAUAAACGCACUCCCUGAUAAAAAACGAGACAAGGCUAUGGAGAGAGCGUUUAAAAAUUUGGACAUAGAUUAGUUUUUGUUGCUGGCAACACUUUAGAUACCUGUCAAUGUCGUACUUUAGUCAUGUCUCGAUGUUGCAGCUUAAAUCAUAAUGCGUCAUUAACAUAAUAUACGUGAAAUGGUUAAAGAAUAUUGUGUACCUACUGUCUUUAGCGUGUUUUUUCUAGGUGUCGCUAGAAUCCUUUACGAAAAUGUAUGAUUAAUACAUUUAAAUAAUAUUAGACAUAAAUAAAAGCGAAAUGGUUAACUUUGACAUGAAUGGCUAAUCUGAUGACUACGCCGAUGACGUUGUUUAAGGAUUCUUUAUAUUCGUCUCCUAUUUAAUAUUUAAAAAUAAAAACGACUAUGAAGAAACUCAUUCUCGAGAAUAAUAUUUUGUCGAUUGCUUUAAAAUAGAUCUAGAAUAUUUAUUUACGUACUUUGAUUGAGUACAAUUUUUUUUAAUUUGUUAUCAUGACAGUUUGAUAUAUUUUUAAAUUGUGGUUUGUGUUCUAGACUUAAGCGGUUUAGUUAGCUUUAUAUAAUAGGUAUGUGUUGAUAUAAUACAAGAUAUAUAAUAU